AGUAUGCGAGAGUAGAACUGGUGAACUCAAGAUGAAUUUAUUCAUUCUCUUUCUUUUAUUGUGUGCAAGUUACACCUCAAUACUUUCCCUAAAUUUUAAGUCUAAAAACCCCAUUUCCUUGCAACCGGAAGUUUAUGCAAAGUGUGGAUGUGUUCGUGGAAUUUUCGAAAGUGGACGAAAAAAGCCCUAUGACGCAUUCUACGGAAUCCCUUACGCUGAACCUCCUCUUGGAAAAUUAAGAUUCGAAAGCCCUGUUCCCUAUUCUGGAUGGACAGGAUACUGGGAUGCAUCGUAUCCUAGAGAUGACUGUAUCCAAAGAAAUGGCUCCCAACCUGGACAGAUUACCUCGGGCUCUGAAGAUUGCCUAUAUCUCAAUGUAUAUCGACCAAGUACUUGGAAUGGUGUAAAGAAAUUUCCAGUAAUGGUAUGGAUACACGGUGGUUCAUUCAUUGGUUUCUCAUCUAAACCUGAAUUAUUCGGUCCUGAAUACAUUAUGGAUCAUGGAGAAGUGAUCUUAGUGACUAUGAACUAUCGACUUGGGAUUUUGGGAUUCCUCUGUUCAGGAGAUGAAGCUGUUAAAGGGAACUUUGGAUUGAAAGAUCAACAAAUGGCUCUUCAAUGGGUUGCAAAGAAUAUUGAAUAUUUUGGUGGAGACGCGUCUUCAGUUACACUUUCUGGACAAAGUGCUGGAGCAACUUCAGCUCAUUUGCAUAUGAUGAAUUCAAAGUCACAGGUUCUAUUUCAUCGGGUGAUACUCAUGAGUGGUACAGCCCUAGCUCCUUUCAUUUAUCCAAUUGAUUAUGCCUCGCAAUUUCGUACUAUAGCUAACUUCACUGAGUUAGCGAAUUACGAUACCGCUUCGACAUACACGUUGGCAUAUCAACUGAAGAAAACCAACGUUACAACACUUGUUUUAACUGUAGCAAGAUUAUAUGCAUUUAUUUCAACACCAAUAGUACCCAUUCGUCCCUGUAUUGAGGGAAAUUGGGAGGAUGCCUUUAUGACAGAAGAUCCACGGAAACUUUGGGCUGAAGGAAGAUAUGUUCAGAAACCUAUUCUAGUUGGAACAGUUUCAAAAGAAGGAACGACAUUGUCUCCUAUAACUUUAAAUGAGUUUCUAUUACAACUAUUCAAUAGAAACAUCUACGAUUAUCUUCCAAUCCAGAUGGAAUUUCAACCACGAUAUAUGUCAGAUGUUCUGAAAUAUUACUUCGGUGGCAGGACUACCAUCGAUGCCUCAAAUCAGGAAGCUUACUUUAAGAUGUUUGGCGACAGAAUGUUUCGGUAUCCACAGAUCAAUUUAGUCGAUCAAUACAUAAAACGUGCUGACGUAAACAAAAAUCCCAUCUUCAUUUACGAGUUCGAUUACGAGAGUUCAUACAAUUUUGUGAAUUUGGUUACCGAAUUAGAAGAAUAUUUCGGACCUGGUCAUACGGAUGAUAUUUUCUACCUUCUCACUAUGGCCUUGCUAUUUGAACCUUUCGAAGUUGAUACUCCGGAAAGCAGAAUGACCGAUAUAUGGGUUCGUACAAUGGUUAAUUUUGUUGCUCGAGGGGAGGUUAAAGCUUGGAGGACCUAUAGACCUUGUAGGAUUGAAACUUCUUCACCAUCUUGUGAUCGCCAAGUUUUUAGGAGAUAUACAAAGUUAGACCCCAAUCAAGUAAUGGUAUCGAUUUCAAAUGAAAUUGACUCCGGAAUGGUUAAACUUUGGUCAAGGAUUGAUAAUGGUGUCCGCGCAUAUUCUAUUGAAGACUGUACUAGAACUAAUAAAACAAAUUGAUUUUAAA